AUGCCUAUCGAGAGGCUUGAUGAGGAUGUGAUCAACCGGAUUGCUGCUGGCGAAAUUAUCCAUCGACCUUCAAAUGCUCUUAAAGAGCUACUAGAAAACAGUAUUGAUGCAGGCGCUACACAGAUAAAAAUUGUGCUCAAAGAGGGAGGUCUCAAGUCGCUGCAGAUCACCGAUAACGGUUGUGGCAUUUCCUAUAAUGAUCUUCCACUAUUAUGUGAAAGGUUCGCUACAUCCAAGCUUCGUAAAUUCGAGGAUCUAUCCAAUAUGACCACAUUUGGUUUUCGCGGGGAGGCCUUGGCCAGUAUUAGCUUUGUGUCUGCGUCUGUGCAGGUUGUUACGAAAACAGACCGAGACGAUUGUGCACACAAGUACAUGAAGUGCGAACCAAAACCAUGCGCUGGACUUGUCGGUACCAGUAUUAUUGCACAGGAUUUGUUUUUUAAUGCGCCUCAACGUCGGCGUGCGUUCAAGUCUUAUUCGGAUGAAUACAAUCGCGCGUUAGAUAUUGCAUCCAAAUAUGCACUGCACUAUGGCCCGAAAGGCGUAGGAUUCUCGUGUAAAAAGGCCGAUGGCGCUUCAAUGGAUCUUCAGACGCCCCAGAGCUCUAGCGGCAUGCUUCAAACGAUCCAACACAUAUAUGGAUCUGCUUUGGCACGAGAUCUUGUCGAGCUACAAGAGAUGUCGGAUCCUAAGCUGGGAUAUUCUGCCAGCGGCUGGAUUAGCACGGCCAAUUGGUCUUCCAGGAAAACGUCUUUUAUUUGUUUUAUAAACCAUCGCCUCGUCGACUGCCCUCAUCUCAAACAGGCCAUGGAGUCCAUGUAUUCUCUGAUGCUGCCAAAAGGUAGGCAUCCCUGGAUUUACCUCUCUAUUGAUGUCGAGCCCACGCGCAUCGACGUGAAUGUACACCCUACGAAACAGGAAGUUCAUUUUUUGGAUGAGGAUGAAAUAUUUGAAAAGAUCACUGCAGAAGCCCAAAAGCGGCUUUCCUCUUAUACUUCAUGCCGUGUUUUCUCAAUGAGUGACCCCCUUGGUGAAGUAGUUGCACCCAAUGUGGUCCAAAUCACCAACACGCGGCGUCAGGACCAGAAGUACGAUCCACGCCAUUUGGUGCGAGUGGAUCACCAAGAGCAAUCACUCGACAGCAUGUUGGCCACACCAAAUGUACCGCAUGUACAGGGGUCGGAGCGUGUAUUGGAAAGUGACUGCCCUCUAUCCAGUGUAAAAGAGCUGCGCUCAGAGUGCAAUAAGGACUAUGAUCCACACCUUACCCACCUGUUACAAAGCCAUGCAUUUUUAGGGGUAGUUGACCUCGAGAAAGGUUUAAGUUUAAUUCAAUACAGCACACAAUUGUAUUUGGUGCAUCAUGCGGUGUUGAUUGAAGAAUUUUGUUACCAACUCGCUCUGCGACAGUUUGGAGCCUACACCUCUGUCCGAUUGGACCCACCCCCAAAUCUUAUUGAACUUAUCGCUCUUGGAUACGACAUGGAAGAAGCGGACGACGAAAAAGCCUCCCUUCCUUUGUCUCGAGAGCAAGUGGCCCAAAAGAUUAGCCGGGUGCUUCUUCAACGUGCAGACAUGCUACAAGAAUACUUUGGAAUUCACUUGGACAAUGAGCACGGAACAGUUUGUGCGGUUCCAUCAUUGCUUCCUCGUCAUGGUUCAUUUGGGCUCAUGCUAGAGCGUCUACCGUCCUUCUUCUUCCGCCUGGGGCCACAAGUAGACUGGGAGGAUGAGAAGGGGUGCUUCUACACCAUGUGUCGAGAACUUGCCUAUUGUCAUGUACCGCCCAGUUCUGGCAUCUAUACCCCUCGGGCAAACUCUUCCGCGCGGGACAAGGAAGCCUGGAUCAUUCAGCAUGUGUGGUUCGCCAAUAUGCUCGGGUCACGAGGCCGGUGUCUAGUACCCAAACUGCAAGCGCAAGACACAAUCGUACAGGUCGCAAGCCUGCCUGAUCUAUGUACGUAA